AUGACGCUCGACCAAAUUUUGGUGGGGCGCGUCUUCGUGAGUAGCACUAUCUACAGUUGUGUACUACUGGAUCAAGUUUCCACGCUACAUGGCCUGGCCAAUGGAGAUGGAAGCAGCGGGUGCGCGUAUCGUCCCGCGCCAGACCUAUUCCAUCCUGGGCUUGUGGUGUGGACGCGGACUGUGCCUCCGACGCUGUGCGACACAGGGGGAAAUCUAGCACUAUCAUCCAACAAGGAGGCGUGCGCGCGCGCGCUGUACGUCAUCACAGCGGACGACAUCCACGAGCACGUGUCGGGGAAGACGCUCUCGCAACAAGUCGGACAGCUGAGGGAGGUGGUGGACAGGGAACUGACGCUGGUCGUGUUCGGGGCUAAGGACUUCUUCAAAAAAUCAGGACGCCAAACUGUAAAUAGCAGGAAAAUGACUGAACUGGAAUUAGAAAUGGCCAUAACAGAUUUGUUGGUGACCGCGAGCUGCGACACUGUGAUGGUAGAAACGCCAAGUGAACUUGCGUUGCUUAUUGUUCAAUUCACGAAGGCCAUCGCCGAAGCGCCACAUAAGAACGCUAAGAAGUCGUGGGAUGAACAGGCAGAGUUCUACAUGAGAGGCGACAAGAAAAACAGCGUCACCGUGGACAAAGAUGGUAACGGCUUAGCGCGAUUGUGGCAACAGAUCAUUGCAGUCCUGCCAAACUCGAGCUUGGAGACCUCCCGGUCACUGUGUGAGGAGUUUAAAUCGCCUCUCGCUUUGUAUGAGGCCUUCCUCUCAUCAGGCGUGACCCCCGUGGCGGACGUGUGUGUGUCCCGCGCGGGGGCCCCGGGGGCGCGCGGGCGCCGCGUGGGCCCCGAGAUGGCGGCUAAAUUACACGCCUUGCUCACGCAAGAAGAUGGCAACACACUUGUGGGCUAACACUGGCAACACAGUGACGGCCAGUGGCCGAAAACGAUGAACAUUUGAAAUUAUCGUUAAUUUAUUUUUUCUAUCGACAGUACAUAAGCGACAGCGCCCUUUGAGCGACAAAACGCAGCGACAGACGGCCACAAAACGCAUGCGCGCGUCAUUUGUCGCCCAAUGUGUUCGCCAAGACGAAUGUAUGCGCUCACGAGUGGCUUUUUGUCACCGCGACAGUAUGACGAUUAUCACACUGCACCGCGCUCCGCCGCGAUACGCGGGACGACAGAUUUAAU